AUGGCAGCCAUCGCCAAAGCCGCCGCCUCCCUCGCGGCGAUCGCCUACCUCGACGCCAAGCACGGUCUCGCCUCCGACAUCCGUCUCGGCCGCGGCGCUUCCGGCGGCGAGAUCAAGCACAAGAUCCGCUCCUGGCGCAACAAACUCUCGAUCUACGAGUACUUUGACGCCCAAGCCACCAAGCGUCCCGAUGCCGUCGCCUACGUCUACCUCGGCAAGAGCUUCACCUGGGGCGAGGUCGCGAAAGAUGUCCACCGCAUCGCCAACUACCUCCUCUCGCGCGGCUUCAAGGCGGGCGAUCGCGUCGCCAUCUUCAUGGGCAACUCGGUGGCCAUCAUCGAGUGGUACCUCGCUUGCAUGUGCAUCAAUGUCAUGCCCGCCUUCAUCAACAACUCGUUGACCGACAAGAGUCUGGUGCACUGCGUGACGGUCGCGAGGGCCAAGAUGCUGGUCUACGAGCCCUAUCUCGAGGGGACGGUGUCGGAGGUGCAGGACGAGUUGCUGGGCAAGACGCUCGAGAGCUUCCUGUGCUACGACGACGGCAUCACUCCCGCUGACGGCGACACGGAGAAAGCCGCGAUCGAAGUCUCCAAGCCCUUGAAGAACAAGAUCCCAUUCGGCCCUACCGAGCUCGCCAAGUACUCGGCCAAGCGCAUCGACGACAAGUACCGCAAGGACGUCGGCGAAUCCACCACCGCCGCGCUCAUCUACACCUCGGGCACCACGGGUCUCCCCAAAGCCGCGCUCUGCUCGCACGGCCGCAUGGGCACCGCCUCGUCCGUCUGGCCCGUCUUCAACAACUUCUCCACCAACGAUCGCAUCUACACGCCCAUGCCGCUGUACCACUCUUCCGCCUUGUUCCUGUGCAUCUCGGCCUGUCUGUGUUCGGGAAGCACCGUCAUCAUCGGCCGCAAGUUCUCCGCGCGCAAGUACUGGGACGAGGUGCGCAAGUACGACGCUACCGUCGUGCAGUACAUCGGUGAGAUCGCACGCUACCUGCUCGCAGUCCCCCCUUCGCCCCUCGACAAGAAGCACAACGUUCGCAUGGCCUACGGAAACGGCAUGCGCCCCGACGUAUGGGAGAAGUUCCGCGAGCGUUACGGUGUUCGUGUCAUCUCCGAAUUUUUCGCCUCGUCCGAAGGCAAUGGCGCGCUGAUCAACUACAACACGGGUCCCUUUGGAGCCGGUGCGGUGGGUCGCAUGGGUCGUGUCGCCGGCAUCGUCCGUCCCGACUUCAAGAUCAUCCGCGUCGAUGCGAUCACCGAGGACAUCUACCGCGAUCCCAAGACGGGUUUCUGCGUCGAAUGCAAGCCUAACGAGGCGGGCGAGUUCGUCAUGCGCAUCGGCACUUCUUCCAUCUCCAAAUUCCAGGGAUACGCCGAUAACCCGGAUGCGACCAAGAAGAAGAUCCUCAACGACGCGCUCAAGAAGGGGGAUGCGUGGUUCCGAUCGGGUGAUCUGAUGACCAAGGAUGCGGAUGGAUUCUUCUACUUUGGCGAUCGAAUGGGCGACACGUUCCGAUGGCGAUCGGAGAACGUUUCGACGCAAGAAGUGGCCAAUGCGCUCGGUCAAGUGGUUGGCGAGGCGAACGUCUACGGUGUUCUGGUGCCCGCUCACGACGGUCGUGCAGGUUGCGCCGCCAUCCCUGCCGACGAGGCAUCCCGCAUCGACUGGAAGACUCUCGCCCAAGCCGCACGAAAGAGCCUCCCCAAAUACGCCGUACCCCUCUUCAUCCGCGUCGUCCCCGCCAUGGAACAGACCGGCACCGUCAAACAGCAAAAGGUCCAGCUGAGAAAUCAGGGCAUCGAGCACGACAAGUGCGGCUCCGACCGCCUCUUCUGGUUGCCCCCCGGUGCGGAUGGUUAUCAGCCCUUCUUGCCCGAGCACUACAAGAGCAUCGCCGCUGGUCAGGUCAAGUUGUAG